ACUUCCUUGUGGAAGAGUGUUUCAGAUUGUCAGUCAGUGACCAACUGUCCACGUUCAAGUUCAACAAGUGGUGUAGGAUUUAUGGACAGCAGAAGGAAGCAGCUGGAAUCUAUUAUUUAGAGCAGGCUGCCUGAUUCGCGCGGUUUUUUUUUUGUUAGUUUUUUUACAUUUCUGAAGUCGGACGUUCAUCACCAUGGGACAGGCUUACAGCUCAUGUGUAGAUCCGGAGUUACGUCCGCAAUUUGGAUCCUCGUUUCCCCGUCCUUCCUGGUGAAACACAGUUUGACACCUUUCUUACCCCGCUUCCCACUCUGAAAGUGUGCGGAUAUCUCUUUCCAUGGGUCUACUUCUUGGCAAAGCCUUCCUUUGAAUACUAAAGACAGUAAAGUGACAAAUGGGUGCACUACCCUCCCCUGCCCCCAACAGUUGCUAAGAUGCCAGAGAGGACAAGGGUGAUGGUGGGUGGCCAUGCCCAAAACCACGUCGACCGGUGACAGCGUGAAAAUGGAGCAAGUGACCGCCAGGAUGGAGACCACCUCGCCCUUCGCCACCCCCAGCAUUUCCGUAUCCCAACAGCAAAAGCCCCUGAAGUUCGCACCGGUAGUCGCGCCCAAGCCCAAGUUUGACCCCUACAGGCAGCUGGGAGAUCUGACCCAGGCAGAGGCUGGAGGUGAUUACCCUCUUCCACCACCACCGCUACAUCAGACCAGUGGUCUCCCGCCACCCUCUGGGGCCUUCCCCCCUCCCCCCGAGGCCGUACAGAUAAAAGGACCGGAGAAGACGCUGGAGGAAAGGCGUUCUAGCCUCGACGCGGAGAUAGACUCCCUCACCAGCAUCCUGGCCGACCUGGAAAACAGCUCUCCGUACAAACCCAGAGAGCAGCAGAAUUAUGGGGGCUCUCCGGCGACGGGUUCGAUUUCCUCGACGCCGAUCAGCGUUCACAACCGGAUGGUCAUCCCGUCCCUGCCGCCUCUCACGGCCACCAAGAAGUUGGCCCCCAAGCCCCAGGUUUCGGCGGCCCCCGCAGGCCCUGGCCCUGUGCCCGUUCCCCAGUUCCAGACUGCACCUCAGCCCCCUCCCCCCGGGCCUCAGCAAAGCGUCCAGCUUCCCGCCCCCGUCCCCACCCCGGAGGCUCUCCCCCAACCAGGCCACGCCGCCGCUCCCCAGGUUAUCCAACCAGCUCCAGCCCUCCAGGUCGCCUCUGCUCCUGCGCCUCCGCAGAAGGCCCCCGGCAGCGCCCAGGGCCAGCCCGAAGAUGAGCUGGACCGCCUGACGAAGAAGCUGAUCCACGACAUGGACAACCCCCCGGCCGAGGAGUACUACGGUAGCUGCUCCUGCUGUGGGGAGAACGUGGUUGGAGAUGGCAGCGGCUGUACCGCCAUGGAACAGGUCUUCCACGUGCGCUGCUUCGUCUGCGUCGCCUGCGGCCUCCAGCUGUGCGGCAAGCCCUUCUACGCCGUGGAGAAGAAACCGUUCUGCGAGCCCUGCUAUAUCAAAACCUUGGAGACAUGCACCGUCUGCGCUGAGCCCAUCAUGGAGCGGAUCCUCCGGGCCACUGACAGGGCCUACCACCCCCACUGCUUCACCUGCGUGGUGUGCCACCGCUGCCUGGAUGGCAUACCCUUCACCGUGGACACCGCCAACCACGUCCACUGCAUCGAGGACUUCCACAAGAAAUUUGCUCCCCGCUGCUCCGUUUGUAAGGAGCCCAUCAUGCCCACUCCGGGGCAGGAGGAGACUGUGCGCAUCGUGUCGCUGGACCGGGACUUCCAUGUGCAGUGUUACCACUGUGAGGACUGCAACUCCCUUCUGUCUGAGGGGGACAGCCAGGGUUGCUACCCCCUGGACGGCCACGUCCUCUGCAAGGCCUGCAACUCCGCCCGUGUCAAGGCCCUCUCCGCCAAAGCCAGCACUGACCUCUGAAGGACCCUGCCCACACUCCCUCCCUCUCUCCCUUCAAGUGCACACCCGUACACACAUACCUUCACCUCACGCACCGCACACCCCGGAUCAACCCUUCGUCUUGGUCCGAGAGUGGCCGGGUCACUUCACUCAGAAUCAAAAUGCCUCUGUAGGGGUUGAUGGUCUUCUUGUUAACGCGGACUGUCUCAUAAGUUCUUUAACUCUUUCAGUCCCAAGCCCAAUAUGAAGUGGCUACACCCAAAUCCCAAGGUGUUUUGGCUUUGGUUGAGAAACUUUAGAAAGUUGAGAAAAUUUAGUAGGAUUUUAAUAGGGGCUCAAAAUAAUAGUAUAGCAGCCAUUUUGAAACGGUAUAAGGUUGGGAUUUUAUGGUAGUUACGCUUCAGUGCCAUAUAGCGCUCUUGGGACUGAAGGAUUAACCCCACAAGAUACUCUGUCACUUCUUGUUCAAAUUGAAAUGCAUGGCUCCCUAUCAUGGAGUCCAGAACAUUACAAAUGAAAAUGAAUUCAAGUGGCAACCAAUAUUGUUAUUGGAAAAUAGAGCUGGAAACUCCUGUUGUACAGAGCUGGGAGGGAACGGGAGGGAACAAACACGGUCGCUGAAAUAUGUAGUCGCCUACUCAUUCCAGAACCACAGUUAUAUUCUCUUCUCUGUUAAUUUCAUUGUGCAUGAGGGAGGUCACUCCAAAAUGUCCCACAAUUGACCUGUGUGGCAUUGGCUGCCCAGGGCACAAUUUCACUGAAAUCAGCACCCCUCUGUGUUUACAUCCUCACACCAAACACGCCCGGCUUUGGCACACAACUUUAAGUGCCUUUCAGUGAAGCAGUAAAGGGACCAAGCACUUUUAUUUACAGUGCUUGUUAUGCAGUGCAUGUAAUGUGCCUUUUGAUUAUAAGCAUCAUUACCAUUAAUUUUACAAUAGUUAUUGCUAGCUGUAUGCAAGUGUAUUUGUAUGUAAGAGUAUAUUCAGAAUAUAUUCAGUUUAUUGAAAUUUCACUCACCUUAUUGUUAUGGAUAUGGCUAAUGUAUGUCUAACUGCUUCAUGUAUGCCCAAUGUCUACUUUAAAUGGUUAUCUGUACUCCAUUCCAUGCUUGAGAAUAUAAGCUCAGAAUCUAAUAGCAGUGGACAUUCUCUUCUAUUCACAAUACCCUUAAGUAAAAAUAUUUCCGCACUAUUCUUGCACAGAAGCCUUUAUACUCCCACACAAAUGCAAGUGUUGACAAUUUUUAUUCACAAAGCGGUUUUGCAAAUUAGUUUUAUUAUAUUUAUAUUGUGAAGAAACAAAACAACAUUAUUGCUAUUGCUCUCAUAGCAAAAAUUAAGAACAAAUGUUGAUCAAAACCCAGCUGCUCCAAUACAUGGCUUCUAUUGUAGUGUAUAUUUGUGGCAACAGGUGGUGUGUGAUUUUAACAGGUAGGCAGAAACAUUUUCGCAGGGAAGCCAUUUUUAAUGUUUGAUGUUUCUCUUACUUUUACAAUAUGAUAUACCUGUUGGCUUCUCAAACCAAGUAAAACAUUCUAAACAAAUGUAGAUACCAAUGAAAGUUGGCAUUUUCUUGUUUUCAUUUGCAUUUCCAUUAUGGCUAGUGUUCAAAAAAUGUUUAAGUAUAAAAACUACAAUGAAACCAUAUGCUCCAUCCAAGGCAAAGGUUCUCCUCAAUCACAGUGUAGAAUGUAUCUAUACUGAAUUUAUUCUGUGGUGUGUGCUGGGGAGUGCUUUAAAUGAAGAAUUACAAUUUUCUGAGUUUUUGAGGAUUUUUCAAAAUGGUCUAAUCCUGAUUUAUAUGUGUUAUUGUCACUGUGAUACAUCUGUGACAAACUCAUCAAGAUUUUUUCUCCCCAAUUUAUUUCUUGUCUUCAAGCCCAUAAAUACCUUGCUGCAAGAAUACAGAAAUUUGUCAUAUUUAACUGAUUCUGCCUGUUUCCUCUGCUUUCUUUUGGCUGUUUUUCCUUAUGCUGGUCUCAGCAUGCACAGUAGGUUAAGACAACUUUUGAAAAAGGCUUUGCUGGCAGUUUAUAUUUGCAAUUGAACACAUUAAUACUUUAUUAAUACUGCUGUGCAAGUUGCUUUUUUUCUGUGAAGGAAAUAUUCAAAUUGUAGGUCUUUAAAAUACCAAUUUCAAAUUGGGGUGAAAAGCUGUCGUACCCUGUGUUUAUCAUUGUAGGUCACACUAUGAACACUUUGAUCUCACUGUUCAGAAAUUUACUUUCAACUCUUUCUUGAUAAUCUUGAGUUCCAAAAUGUGAACAUGGUCAUGCAGUCUUGAAACAUAAGCACAUUUUCUUACUGCCUGGCCUGGCCAUGAGGAGAUGGCCAGGCUGAUGACGAGCACAUGACACGGGAUUGACGGCUUUCUCUGUUAAUCGCGGACCUGAACACACAUCGUAAAGAUGCCCCUAUCUCCAUUUUCAGAGUCUCAGAUAUGUAGUCUGGGAACAGCCGGUGGGUAUGCUCCAGCAGAGAGCCAUGCCUUCUUUGUGGCCUCACUGCCAUUUUGUCUUGACCUCACAGACAUUGCAGGCAGAUUGCUUGUGUCAGUGGGGAGGGUAGGGAGGGGUGUGUGGGUAAAUUUACUUUUCACUGCAAGAACAUUACACUCGGCUAAGCUUUUUUGACAAAGAUGCUGUAGACCAUCUGAUUUAUAUAUAUUUUUUCCUGCACAGGCUGUUUUUAUCCCCCACUGCUUCUGUCCAUAUACAAGCAUACAGCGUAUCCUGUACUAAUAUACAAUAUGCUGUAUAAUUUAUGUCUCACUUUAAUCACCGUGCUGCAUCACAAGAAUGUAUAAAACCAUGUAUAAAAAUAGAUUUGCACAUGAUUUCUGCAUUUAGUUUUUUGUAACAUUUAUCACAAUAUGUUUGACUCUUCCAUUGAAAAUUGCACAUUUUGAACCUCAGUAUCUCACCAGUUUGAAGACCAAUCUCAAUGUAAUUUCACAGGUCUACUGCAAUGGCAACAGGCUCGCAAAUUUUGGUAUACCUAAGUCACGCUGUUUCUGUGUUUCGGAUACCCCUAAAACUAAUUUGUGCACAAAAAUAACUACAUCGGUAGACACAAUGCUAAUAUAGAUCAGGCUAAUCUAAAGUUCUAAAUGAACAUGAGACCAUUCUAAUGGAGAGCAGGCUGAUGUUAGUGCCGAUCAAUUUAAUUUCCUGUCUUUUGAGGCUUUCAGCAAAUGCAAAAACUUCACUUAAAACAUAGUUUCUUUGUGAUUAAUAUCAAUGUUAUGUAUUGCUCUCAUUUAUACUACUACAACAUUCAGACAAAAGAGCUCUUUGAUGUGUACAUUAUGAAGGCCUGUGUCAUAUGUUUUGUGAUAUCUGUUCACAUAGAAUUUCAUUUUGAAUCAGUAUUUACACUGCAGUUGUUGAAUUUAUCCCUGUUAUAGUUAGGUAACUUACAGAAAUAACUGCUAUAGGACAAAUUCAUGAUGGCAGGGAAUAAUUCACGGUAAUUCAAUGUACUCCAUGUUAUUCUUGUAUACACCAGUCAGCUAAACACAUGGAAAUUCUGAGGUAUCCCCUUCACUUUCUCCAUUCUUGUAAUUUUGGCAAAAGGAAAUGGUUCAAUCAAGUACAGAAAUUGUGUGUUGAUGUAAUUAAUUACGCAAUGUUACUUCUUUCUGUUUGUCCUGUAUCACAGUUAACUCGUUUGAUACUUUACAGCCUUUGAAUGUCUCCACCACUUAUGCACACGUCUCUGGAGGUUUUCAAAGCCCCACUCGAUUAUCUGUAAAAAUGCCCUUAAGCCACAUUCAGUUGAUGUAAAGAGGGUCAGUGGGACAGCUUUUUUCUUACAUGGAUGUCAAAAGAAUACACUGAUCUCUAUUAUAAUGGAUACAAUAUCCUUUGACAUCUCACUGUGCAAGAACAUCUUUUAUUGAAUAGAUGUACAGCUCUGCUCUUUGUGGUUUUCUUGUAAGCAUGGAUACAAAAGAGCGCAGUUUACUAUUAACUGCAAACAUUCACUAUCAACUGUUAAAAUAGCUUUCUGUGUUCCAAUUAAAGGACAUGCCGCCUUCUUUGAAUGACUUUGGGCAGACCUUGAAAGAUCAAUGGAGAUGUACUGUACAAUAUUUCCAAUAUUUACUGUACACUUUUAUUUUUUUCUUCCGUCUGUAAUACUAUACAAACUACUGUACUUUUUUAUUUCCAAAAUGGUCAAUGUAAUUCACAUUGACUUGUACCAAAGGAUAUUUGACCAAAACUAUUAAGUAUUUGUGUAUGUGCUAUUCCCUUUUAAUAAAAGAUUUCCAAAAAAAGAA